AUAUACUCCACAUUGUGUGGUUUGGUUUUAAAUAAAAGCAGACUAAAUCCAGAAAUGAUCCUCCAGACCACAUGCGAUCUGCCAGGGCGCUGUUUUAUCACUAGGGCUUGUAUAAACAACAUUUCCUCGCAAUUCCAGUGAAACAUGCCCCCCAAGAAAAGAACACGAAGCAGCGCUAAAUCUAAUAAACAUACUGAUGCAGACGCCCAACACGGUGAGGGGUCUGAUGAUGUUGCACAACUCAAAACUGGCAAAAGAAAAAGGUCAGCAGGAGUAAAAAGUGAUGUGGAGAAAAAUAAAAAUGAUGACGGACGCAAAACAUCUUGCAGCCACUGGCUCAUGAAAUCUGAACCUGAGAGUCGGAUUGAAAAUGGAGUGGAUGUGAAGUUUGGAAUUGAGGACCUCAAAGUCCUUCCCGAUCAGACUGGAUGCUGGGAUGGAGUGAGGAAUUAUCAGGCACGUAAUUUCAUGAGAGAUAUGAAGGUGGGCCAGCAGGCUUUCUUUUACCACAGUAACUGCAAAGAGCCAGGUAUUGCUGGCCUCAUGAAGAUUGUAAAGGAGGCUUAUGUGGACCAUACACAAUUUGACAAGAAGGACGCACAUUACGAUCCCUCCAGCAAAGCAGACAACCCUAAAUGGAGUAUGGUGGAUGUUCAGUUUGAAAGGAUGACCAAGCGUUUCAUUCCUCUUACUGAGCUGAAGAAAUAUCACUUGCAGCACAAAGCUAAAGGUGGACCCUUAAAAGAUAUGGCCCUCUUCACCAGAGCCAGACUAUCAGUUCAGCCCCUCACUGCAGAGGAAUAUGACUUUAUCCUGAGUUUGGAGAAUGAAGAUCCAAUAUGAAAAUCAUCAUAUAAGUCUGUUUCAUCUCAUCCCAUUAUGAUUCUCUCUCACUUUAAAUUUUAUAGUCAGUCUUUUCUUUUUGUAAUCUAUACUCAUGUAACCUCAAAAUACCAAAUGAGCAAAUAAUAAUCUUAAAACAUUUCAAUCUUUGUUAAUAAAAUAUUUGCUUGUG